UUUGACAAUAUGGCACGUCUUUACCUUUUUAAAGUAUGGAGUACUUACUAAUUACACCCUUAGCGCGACAUAAUCUUAAAAUGUGUUUCUUUUCUUCCAGUUUAGUUAUUGGCCAAAUUAUAUUUAAAAUUUCUUAUGUGCGCAAGUGUUUGUCGCAGUAAUUGGGUAGUAUGACACUUAAUUCAGUGUCUACCCAUAUGUACACAAAUCAAACUAUUAUGUCUUUUAUUUCUUACUUAAAAUGUUAGGUUUUUUGUCGUCUCGCCAGAUCGGUAUUGAAGAUCCUUUGAGACUGAAAAGAGCUGAAGCCACACGGAGGGUAUUAUGUUUGGAGUUAAACAAAGACCGAGAUGUACAGAGAAUCCACGGAGGUGGUGUCAAUUCUCUUGAUAUUGAACCUGUUGAAAGAAGAUACAUGUUGUCAGGUGGAGCAGAUGGUGUCAUUGUCAUCUAUGACCUUGAAAAUAACAGCAAUAAGACACCAUAUACUUGCAGGGCACUUUGCACAGUGGGCAGGUCCCACCCUCAUGUUCACAAAUACAGUGUUGAGACAGUGCAGUGGUAUCCUCAUGAUACUGGAAUGUUCAUUUCCAGCUCAUUUGAUGAAUCCUUGAAGGUCUGGGACACAAAUAUGUUGCGGCCUGCAGAGGUCUUUGAGUUUGAGGAGACUGUUUAUUGUCAUCAUAUGUCCCCCAGUGCAACAAAGCAUAGCUUGAUAGCAGUUGGUACCAAAAGCCCAGAGGUUCAGCUGUGCGACCUGAAAUCUGGAUCCUGCACCCAUAUUCUUCAGGGUCACAGAGCUGAAGUAUUGUCAGUGGCAUGGUCUCCUCGACAUGAGUACAUAUUAGCAACAGCAAGCGCUGACAGUAAAGUACGGUUUUGGGAUGUGAGGAGAGCAUCAGGAUCCUUGUUAUCUCUUGACCAGCACAAUGGGGAAAAAUCAAAGGCAUCAUCUGAGUCAGCAAACACUGCCCAUAAUGGGCGGGUUAAUGGCUUGUGCUUUACUGUUGACGGGCUUCACCUACUAACAACAGGUACAGAUGAUCGGAUGAGACUGUGGAAUAGUGCCACUGGAGAAAACACACUAGUUAACUAUGGAAAGGUUGUAAAUAAAAGUCGGAAAGGCCUCAAGUUUGCUGUCUCCAGUGGAUGCAGUUCAGAGUUUGCAUUUGUACCAUAUGGUAGCGCUUUGGCAAUUUAUUCCAUUUACUCAGGAGAAUUGAUAACGUUGUUGAACGGGCAUUAUAGCAAUGUGGAUUGCUGUGCUUUUCAUACAGAUUUCCAGGAGCUUUAUAGUGGUGGUAAAGACUCUAACAUUCUUGCUUGGGUGCCAGUACCUCGAGAACCAGACCUUGAAGAAGGUGAUUCUGGAAAGGGAGCACGAUCAAGAUUUAAUCCUGCAUUUGAAGAUGCAUGGAGCAGCAGUGAUGAAGAAGGGUGAUUUCCAAAUGGCGUAUGAUCACGUCCUUGUUUUACCUAUGUUACAAACACUAAAGAAUGGAAAACUGACAAAUCUUUCCAGCUUAGCAGUACUAACCUCACCUGACUGACAAAGUACCAUGGCAGCAAGACCGAAGAAGACAUUUCCCAGAAAUUAUUUGUAUGCUUCCUUUUUUAGUAAUAAAUGUGUCAGUAAAUGAGAAAUUUCAGCUAAACAUAAAUGCAUAGCUACAGAGAGCUAUGUCAUUUUAAGUCCAUAAAUAUAUGAAGGAAAGUGAAAGACAUUUUAUGUUACAGUUUUGAAACUUUCAUUUUCUUAUUUUAAAGUGUGUAACCCUGAGUCAGGUGAUGUUUAAAUAAACCAAAAUGGUAUACAUAA